CUCGUCUUGUCCAUGAAUCCUUAAGUUGUUGUAACCAAACUAGACGAUAUGAUUCAGUAAUACAAGUAUUCUUUACGAAGUCUGAAGCUCUCGAGGCUUUUGACCAACGAAGCCCUCCCCCUCUCUGAUCCCCACUAAAUCCUAUGCUCUCCGCCGCGCACGCUCGCCGCCGGGCCGCUUCCGCCGCAGCGCGCCUCCUCCUCCCAAUCCCGCCGCCUCCCGCCCCCUUCACAACCAGCGCAAGUAAUGCUUCUUCUUCCUCCUCCUCCACCCCGGAGGACCCCGACGCUGUGGCCGCAGAGGUGGCCACCCUCCUCUCGCGCUGCGCCGGCGACUGGAAGCUCGCCAUCGCCGCCUCCGACAUACCUUCCCGCCUCUCCCCCGACGCCGUGUCGUGCCUCAUCUGCCGCCGCAGCCACAGCCUCCACCCCAAGCUCCUCCUCGACUUCUUCUACUGGUCCCGCCCGCGCAUCGCGCCGCCCUCCGCCGAUGCCUUCGCCCGCCUCGCGGCAUCCCUCUGCGCCGCCUCCCACUUUCCGCAGGCCAAUGGACUACUCCACCAGAUGAUUCUCGCCCACCCUCACCCUCCCCUCGUCCUCGCCUCCAUCCAACGCGCGAUCCAGGAUUCUGAUGCCCGCUCGCCGUCGCCCUCGCCCUCGCACUCGACGGCCGUGCUCGACGUGCUCGUGGACACUUACAAGAAGAACGGGAGCGUCCGUACUGCAGCCCAGGUCGUCCUGAUGAUGGGAGAUCUCGGCUUGGCCCCUACGCGGCGCUGCUGCAACGGCCUCUUGAAGGACCUUCUGCGAGCGGACGCCAUGGAGCUGGUCUGGAAGCUGAAAGGAUUCAUGGAGGGCGCGGGGAUCCCGCCGGACGUGUAUACGUACUCGACUUUCCUCGAGGCGCACUGCAAAGCGCGGGAUUUUGAUGCUGCCAAGAAGGUGUUUGAGGAAAUGCGUCGGAGGGACUGUGCCAUGAAUGAAGUGACAUACAAUGUGAUGAUUAGCGGGUUGUGCAGGUCUGGUGCUGUUGAAGAGGCGUUUGGGUUCAAGGAGGAGAUGGUGGACUACGGUCUGUCUCCGGAUGCUUUUACUUACGGCGCGCUCAUGAACGGUCUGUGCAAAGGGGGUAGGUUGAAAGAGGCUAAGGCGCUAUUGGACGAGAUGUCUUGUUCCGGGUUGAAGCCUAAUGUUGUUGUUUAUGCGACUCUGGUUGAUGGGUUUAUGAAGGAGGGCAAGGCAGCCGAGGCGUUUGACAUUUUAAAUGAGAUGAUAUCUGCUGGCGUGCAGCCCAACAAGAUCAUGUAUGACAAUCUCAUCCGUGGCCUUUGUAAGAUCGGGCAGCUGGGCAGGGCUUCUAAGCUACUGAACGAGAUGAUCAAAGUUGGUCAUAGGCCUGAUACUUUUACUUACCAUCCUCUCAUGCAGGGGCAUUUUCAACAUUAUGACAAGGACGGUGCUUUUGAGCUUCUUAAUGAAAUGAGGAAUAGUGGCAUUUUGCCUAAUGCAUAUACUUACGGCAUAAUGAUUAAUGGGUUAUGCCAAAACGGUGAAUCAAAGGAAGCAGGCAACCUCCUCGAGGAAAUGAUUUCAGAAGGUCUCAAGCCAAAUGCUUUUAUGUAUGCACCUCUGAUCAUAGGGCACUCCAAAGAAGGUCAUAUCUCAUUGGCAUGUGAAUCUCUUGAAAACAUGACCAAGGCGAAUGUACUCCCUGAUUUGUUUUGCUACAAUUCUCUUAUAAAGGGACUAUCUACUGUGGGAAGGAUAGAGGAAGCUGAAGAGUACUAUGCGCAAGUGCAGAAGAGAGGAUUAGUGCCAGAUGAAUUUACAUACAGCGGUCUCAUUCAUGGCUAUUGUAAGACCAGAAAUCUGGAAAAAGCUGAUCAGUUGCUACAGCAGAUGCUUAACAGUGGACUAAAACCAAAUGCUGACACCUACACCGACCUCCUAGAAGGGUACUUCAAGUCAAAUGACCAUGAAAAGGUGUCCUCUAUUCUUCAGUCUAUGUUGGGCAGUGGAGAUAAGCCAGAUAACCACAUCUAUGGAAUUGUGAUUCGCAAUUUGUCCAGGUCUGAAAACAUGGAAGUGGCUUUUAUGGUUCUAACGGAGGUUGAGAAGAACGGAUUGGUUCCUGAUUUGCAUAUAUAUAGUUCAUUGAUAUCUGGUCUUUGCAAGAUGGCUGACAUGGAGAAAGCUGUUGGUCUUCUUGAUGAGAUGGCUAAAGAAGGACUAGAGCCUGGGAUUGUAUGCUACAAUGCCCUAAUCGAUGGAUUUUGCAGGUCUGGUGAUAUUUCCCGUGCUCGUAAUGUCUUUGAUAGCAUAUUAGCCAAGGGAUUACUCCCAAAUUGUGUGACGUACACAGCUUUGAUAGAUGGAAACUGCAAAAACGGCGAUAUCACUGAUGCUUUUGAUCUGUAUAAAGAUAUGCUUGAUAGAGGAAUUGCUCCAGAUGCGUUUGUCUAUAAUGUACUUGCUACGGGUUGCUCAGAUGCUGCAGACCUAGAACAGGCUCUGUUCCUAACAGAGGAAAUGUUCAAUCGGGGAUAUGCACAUGUUUCUUUGUUCAGCACGUUGGUUCGUGGCUUCUGCAAACGUGGAAGGCUGCAGGAAACUGAGAAGUUGCUCCAUGUGAUGAUGGACAGAGAAAUAGUGCCUAAUGCGCAGACUGUUGAAAAUGUCAUAACUGAAUUUGGUAAGGCUGGAAAACUCUGUGAAGCACACAGAGUUUUUGCUGAGUUACAACAGAAGAAAGCUUCCCAAAGUUCUACCGAUCGCUUUUCAUUAUUGUUUACAGACAUGAUAAAUAAAGGACUAAUUCCACCCAAGUGUGAUGCAUAACAUGAGUCGAGCAAGCCGCAGGACCAAGCAAGCUGGAGAUGGGAUCAGAUCUGAACCCGUGACAGCACAAGGCACUCGCUCAGUCCAAUCUGAGAAGCAACUUCCACCUCGGUGCAACUCCAGCAAUUGUUGCAGUCUUCCCACUGACGAGCAGCUGGGAGUGCUGAUGCUGCCACCUAAAAUCCCUUUCAGCCUGUUGCAAGAUGUUCAUGAAGAUGUUGCCCAAGACAAGCUUGUCAACCCUGACGAUGGAUCCAAUGACGCUGCAACUGAAGAGCAGUAACUGGAACUAGGCUCUCCUUCUCUUUCUUUAUCUCUUGUUCUGGACAUCGCCUUGUCCGUCCUGCGUAGGUUCUGGUUGUAUUUCUUGUGGCUACUCUGAUACCUGUUUUUCUCAAAUUCAACAGUCAUAUCAAUUUACCGUCGUCAAUUGAUAACGCAAGCGACUGAUGUCUGGUGAGGAUACAUUUAUUAGUAGUUUGGCAACUGUAUACAAGUUAUAUUUUUUGGCGAGAUACCGCAGCUGUUAUAUUCUUUGUUUUCCUUGUGUGAUCUAGGCCGGCUAUUAGCUGCAUUGUGCACUGCGUCAGAAGGAAUUUGAGAAGAUUUGUCAUUUAUGAACUUGCUGUAACUUCUGGGGCGGUUCUAUAUAUAUAACCGAGUUCAUUAGUAGUA